AUGCCGCGCUUCACUCAAGCUCAAGUGGAAGACGAUGAGAGCAAGUUAUUUGCCUAUCGUGAGGAACAUUUUAAGAUGGCCGCACGUGUUGAUAUAUCUCGCCUUGUGUUCGACAAAACCUUCAAACGGCAAAUGAGCAACCGCCAAAAUAUUGAUCGACUCGAGCGAAUUAUGAGCACUCAGGGGUGCCAUCGUCUCAUGGAUGAGUGCCAUGUUCCAGUGCUAGUUUCUGCAAGAGAUUGGGGAAGUCGCGUUAGACCACGGACGGUAGAUGGCCAGUUUCAACAACUGGACGUGGAUAUUGACUACGAGCUGCGAGGAUUGGACCACGAAAGUUUGAUUAUUGCUGCCCGGAAUAGGCUGCGCCCUACCAACCAAUGGUGGAUUGUGGAUGUAUACGUAACGGAGCCAAUGGCUAGUGAGCAGCCUUUGCAGAAGGAAUUUAUUCGCUCGCUCCAGGAGCGCUUUCCGAAUGAUCACAGACCUUCGGAUGGACUGAUAUAUCAACGGAUUCGAUAUUAUGAAGGAUAUCUUGAUGGCCCUAUAAACACCAAUGCAGCAAAUCAAUGGUGGGCUACCCUGGAAAGGGUUUCUGGAAGCAAGAAGAGCAAAUACCUGCGAGCAUUUCUCAAGCACCCAACCCUACCUCAGGCCUUUGAUGAGCUGCUUCCUAUCGCUGGUAUUUGGGAAGGCAUGAAGAUCGGGGUACUUCAUAAGCUGGUGGCAAUGCGGUGUGAUGAGCCAGUUCUAUGCUAUCUGGCCCAUAUCAAGAGAACAUUCACCAGUUUGGUGGGGCACCGGGAUGACCUUCUGGCACAAUUAGAUGGAGUGACCAUCCAAUUGUUAACGUCUCGUGUGCCCAAGAUCUCUGUCCGGGACUUGAAAUCCCUAGAAGUUAGCAUGUUAAAAGAAGAGCUAUUCCCUGAUAUUGAUAAUGCUCAGGACCGCGUUGAAAUUUGGGAACGGUUGAAGAACAUUGAUUACCCAAUUCCGACUUUGGAGACAUUCUUCCAAGACAGGCUCACCCUCGAGGUCGGUCGGAGUGUAUUACAACAGCUUUGUAUCCCCGAUCCUCAGCGAAGGCUCACACUUGACGAGGGACUCAGCGAGCAGUAUGACACUACCAUUCCUGAUCUGACUUCAGAUCGACAGCAUCGGAUUCGGAGGGAGCUUUUUGAGUUUUGGCGUUUCAGCUUUCAGUACGGAUUUGAUAUGACGAAUCAUCAGCGCCUAGUACCGCGAACAGAAUCUCGAACCCAACGCACAGCGGUACUGGGAUCGACAGAAAGUCAGAAUACGCCCGAUAGGUUGAACCUCUGGCAACAUCUAUUCUGGUUGGCCAGUGAAAGCCGAUUUCGCACUCCUUCUGUGGAUGGAACCAGUGGUCAUCUAGCUGAACUACCUCCCCUCAUACCAUGUGACUAUCCCGUAAGUGUUGAAGAAGAGCUACCGGUAGAGCGAAGGUGCGGGAAGCCAUAUGCGGAUUCGGUGGACGCAGACCGGUUUGCGCUCUCACGGGAGGCAUUGGAACGCCCUCCAGUCACUUCGGGAUUUGCUCAACGAUCGGUUUUUUUGGCCUUUUUCCGUUAUCUCAAAGAUGAUUCUGAAAGCCGUUCCUUUACAGGAGACUCUCCAGAAGUGAACAAUACUUCUGGGACUGAAUUUUUUACAGGAGUAAUCAAUCCGGACGAGAGGAUACCAAGUCCAGUUACUGCGCCGCAAGAGAACACCAUGCCUUCGCCUCCCAUCUUGGCUACCCCACAAUUUGACCCCAUAUUAGAGUCUCUAGCUCUUAACUUCCAGCCGACUUGCUUUACAAUGAUAUUUGUUCUCCCUGGCGAGCCCGAGAAGGCCGCAGAGCUACCAAACGAUCAGUCUACCCUGAAUACGUUCUUCGAGGAACUCAGAAAGCAGAAUUUCUACAUUUAUUCCCCCGAUAACCCCGCACGGGGUAUAAACGACAGGGAGUGCUAUUCAAUAUACUUCAAGAACCCGCUCUUGAAAUUGCAUGCCGAGUUUAUAGGGGAAGAAUCCUUUAUAACAAUGCUGUACCAGCCAGUGGAGGAAUCAGGAACAACAGGGCGCAAAAGACGACGUAGGGAUGACAUUUUUGGAAUUGGCGAAGUCAAAAGAUGGUUGGAUGAAAGACUCAACGGGCUUAUCUCAGUGAAUCAUGCGUCCCAGUUUGCGAUUCAGCUCCCCGAAUGA